AUGCCUCGCCAGUUCCCCAAGUUGAACAUGUCCGAUUUGGACGAGCAAGUCCGGCUAUUGGCAGAGAAGGUGUUCGCUAAGGUGCUCCGAGAAGAGGACAGCAAAGAUGUUAUGUCCCUGUUCACUGUCCCCGAGGACUGUCCCAUCGGGCAGAAGGAAGCCAAGGAGAGAGAGCUCCAGAAGGAGCUGGCAGAGCAGAAGUCUGUGGAGACGGCAAAAAGAAAGAAGAGUUUCAAGAUGAUCCGGUCGCAGUCUCUGUCCCUGCAGAUGCCAACACAACAAGACUGGAAGGGCCCUCCAACUGUCAGUCCGGCUGUGUCUCCUGUAACCCCUCUGGUCCCCGGAGCCACUUCCAAGCCUGGGCCAGCACCCUAUGCCAUGCCCGAGUAUCAGCGGGUCACUAUCAGUGGAGACUACUGUGCGGGGAUCACUGUAGAAGACUAUGAACAGGCUGCCAAGAGUCUGGCCAAGGCCCUGAUGAUCAGGGAGAAGUAUGCACGGCUUGCCUACCACCGUUUCCCACGGACCACAGCCCAGUACCUGGCUCAUCAGGGGGAAAGUGCACCUUUGGAAGAGGGUCUCCCAGACUUCCACCCUCCCCCACUGCCCCAAGAAGACCCUUAUUGCCUGGAUGAUGCGCCCCCCAACCUGGGCUAUCUGGUCCGCAUGCAGGGAGGCAUUCUUUUCGUGUAUGACAACCAGACAAUGCUGGAACGCCAGGAGCCCCACAGCCUGCCCUACCCUGACCUGGAAACCUACAUCGUGGACAUGAGCCAUAUUCUGGCGCUCAUCACCGAUGGCCCCACGAAAACCUAUUGUCACCGGCGACUGAACUUUCUGGAAUCCAAGUUCAGCCUUCAUGAGAUGUUAAACGAGAUGUCAGAGUUCAAGGAAUUGAAGAGUAACCCCCACAGAGACUUCUAUAAUGUGAGAAAGGUAGACACGCACAUUCAUGCAGCGGCCUGCAUGAAUCAGAAGCACUUGCUGCGCUUUAUCAAGCACACGUACCAGACGGAGCCUGACAGAACUGUGGCCGAGAAGCUAGGUCGGAAGAUCACUCUACGGCAGGUGUUCGACAGCCUGCACAUGGACCCCUACGACCUCACCGUGGACUCGCUGGACGUCCAUGCGGGCCGGCAGACGUUCCACCGCUUUGACAAGUUCAACUCCAAGUACAACCCCGUGGGAGCCAGUGAGCUUCGGGACCUGUAUCUGAAGACUGAAAACUUCCUGGGAGGAGAGUACUUUGCUCGGAUGGUCAAGGAGGUGGCCCGGGAACUGGAGGACAGCAAAUACCAAUACUCAGAACCACGGCUCUCCAUCUAUGGCCGAAGUCCCCAGGAGUGGUCCAGCCUGGCCCGCUGGUUCAUCCAGCACAAGGUCUACUCACCCAACAUGCGCUGGAUCAUCCAGGUGCCCCGGAUCUAUGACAUAUUUAGGUCAAAGAAACUACUGCCCAACUUUGGGAGGAUGCUGGAGAACAUUUUCCUGCCCCUUUUCAAGGCUACCAUCAACCCCCAGGAUCACCGGGAGCUUCACCUCUUCCUCAAAUACGUGACAGGGUUUGACAGCGUGGAUGAUGAGUCCAAGCACAGUGACCACAUGUUCUCAGACAAGAGUCCCAGUCCAGACCUCUGGACCAGUGAGCAGAACCCACCCUACAGUUACUACCUGUACUACAUGUAUGCCAACAUCAUGGUGCUGAACAACCUUCGCAGGGAACGAGGCCUGAGCACGUUCCUAUUCCGGCCUCACUGUGGGGAGGCAGGCUCCAUCACCCACCUAGUGUCUGCCUUCCUGACUGCUGACAACAUUUCCCACGGGCUGCUCCUCAAGAAGAGUCCUGUAUUGCAAUAUCUCUACUACCUUGCUCAGAUCCCUAUUGCCAUGUCUCCUCUCAGCAACAACAGCCUGUUUCUGGAAUAUUCCAAGAACCCGCUUCGGGAAUUCCUGCACAAAGGACUGCAUGUCUCUCUCUCCACCGAUGACCCCAUGCAGUUCCAUUACACCAAGGAAGCACUCAUGGAGGAGUACGCCAUCGCAGCCCAAGUGUGGAAGCUGAGCACAUGUGAUCUGUGUGAGAUCGCCAGGAACAGCGUGCUGCAGAGUGGCCUCUCGCAUCAGGAGAAGCAGAAGUUUUUGGGUCAGAAUUAUUACAAAGAAGGACCGGAGGGCAAUGAUAUCCGCAAGACAAAUGUCGCACAGAUCCGGAUGGCGUUCCGCUACGAGACCCUGUGCAAUGAGCUCAGCUUCCUGUCCGAUGCCAUGAAGUCCGAGGAGAUCACAGCCCUGACCAAAUAGGCCCAGCGUUCCACACACACUUUCACCUUUUGGUUUAAUUUCAAGUCUGCUGGGGCGAAUGGUGGCCAAGAUCUCAAUCGAGGGCUUCUGUCUGUGACAAGGCUGCCUCUGAAGAAAUCUCAAAUUCCUGAUUUGGGUUGCACUUUAUCAACGUGCCCAUUCUGUUAGCGUUUCUGAGCCAGAUGCUGGCCACCUCUGGUGGGGGAGCUGGGAGCUGGCACUUGUGUCUACUUGUUCCUGAUUUUCCACGUUUCUCUUGGGAUUGCCAGUGCUUACAUGGUUGGGGCUGGGACUUUGCAAGGCUGAAUACCAAGUGACACAUGGCCUGUGUGGUGUCUGCCACUCUCCUCUCAGCAGGCCCUGUGGAGUAGUUCCCAUUUCAGCAUCUGAUGGCUGGCUGCCUUAAACCCCCUUCAAAGCCCCCUUUCAUAAAGGGGCUACUUUGAGAGAAAAUGUGAGGCUCCCUGUUGAUUCGUGCAUUUUAAAAUGCUUUUCUUCACCUGUUUAGCCCCUCCUCCCUUCCUCGUUAGGAAGCCUAGUACAUCCACUGAUACCACCGCUCCUGUUGUGUGUUAAUUGUCCUCAUCCAGGACUCAAUGAGUCAUCUCAAAUCGUGGGCUGUGAAUCCAUUUCAUGGACCACUCCAGGGCUGGGGAAGACACAGGG